GCGAGCGCCCCUCCCCCCACGCUGCCGGAGCCCGAGGACUCGACGGGGAGAGCUACAGAGCCCGCCCGCUGCCGUGCGGCUCCGGGGGGACAGGCCCACUGUCUGAUGGGGAGAUGCCGGAGAGCUGGAAUGCCUCCUCCAACAGCCUGGAGGUGCGUGCUGCGGGCAUCAUCGUGCCGGUGGUCUUCUUCCUCAUCUUCCUCCUGGGCACAGUGGGGAAUGGGCUGGUGCUGGCCGUGCUGCUGCACAAUGGCCAGGUGAAGUACACCACCACCAACCUGUUCAUCCUCAACCUGGCCAUGGCAGACCUCUGCUUUAUCCUCUGCUGCGUCCCUUUCCAAGCCACCAUCUACACACUGGACGGGUGGCUCUUUGGCCCCUUUGCCUGCAAGGCUGUGCACUUCCUCAUCUACCUCACCAUGUACGCCAGCAGCUUCACCCUGGCAGCCGUCUCUGUUGACAGAUACCUGGCCAUUCGUUACCCGCUGAAAUCCCGGGAUCUCCGGACCUCCCGGAAUGCAGCGGUUGCCAUCAUAGUGAUCUGGACCCUGUCACUGCUCUUUGCAGGGCCCUACCUCAGCUACUACCAGAUUGUCCACUACCAUGGGGUGCCCAUCUGUGUCCCCAUCUGGGAGGACCAACGCCGGAAGAUCCUGGACAUCCUCACCUUUGUGUUUGGGUACCUCCUGCCCGUGGUUGUCAUGAGCUUGGCUUAUGCCAGGACCAUCAAGUUCCUGUGGACCUCCGUAGACCCCAUCGAGAGAAUCUCAGAGUCCCGUAAGGCCAAGCGCAAGGUCACCAAGAUGAUUGUGGCUGUGGCCAUAAUCUUCUGCCUCUGCUGGCUGCCCCACCACCUGGUCAUCCUAUGCUUUUGGUUUGGCUACUUCCCCUUCAACCGAGCCACCUAUGCCUGCCGCCUGGCCUCCCACUGCCUGUCGUAUGCCAACUCCUGCCUCAACCCCAUCGUCUAUGCCCUCAUCUCUAAGCAUUUCCGCAAGAAGUUCAAGCAAGUCUUCACUUGCCUCCUCUUCCAGAACAAGAGCAGGAAGAAGAAGAGAGCUGGCAAUAAAGUCCACGUAACCAAUGUGGCCAACAAUGCUGCAGGUGUGUAUGGAGGUAACACCGAGGUCACCCAGAUCCAGGAGGAAAAUGCCAGGUGCUGCCAGGGCCCGCUGCAGAAAGACGCUGAAGACACCCAUCUCCCUGAGGCAUGGACUCAUCAGCUACAGGACGCCACUGUCUCUGCUCAGAGAAGACUGCUGGCUGAAGAAAGUUCGGUAACAACUGGCAAUCCACUGGCUGUGACCUCACCAGGGAGACCUCAGGGCCUGCUGACCGUCCACUGAUAAUAUAAAGCAAGAGGAGAAAUGCAUAAACCAGUGAGGGAGUCACCCUUCCACCCCUGAGUAUGCGAGCAGAUGGAACGAUGUAGUCCCUGGGAAAUUGCAUUGCAGUGAUGGCUAAUCUUAACAGUGCCAGCUGUGGCUUCUUUAUGAUUGUUCCACCCCUACCCACUUGCCUGUACCAUUCUUGUGGGAGCAGUGGAAUCCAUCAGUGGAAAUUCAGAAAGUAGGAGCAUGCUAACAUAAAAAUGAGAGACAUAGAGAACUAGACACAGCAUGAUCACUGGGGAAAGGACUGGACUCCCAGUGCCCUAGGCACUAUAUUGAAAGUCUGUGGCGAGGAGAAGGGGAAGGAGUUUUACUACCAUGUAUGAUAUGACACCAUACAAUUAACUGUGUGAUCUAGUGUAAGGCAUUGCCCACACAUUGGGGUUCAAGGAUCUGAACUUCCCUCUUGAGAUUAACUAGCCCCUCGAUAAGCCCUGUGCCUGUGUCUAUUGCUCACAGGGGCUAUUCCCCCUACACAUUUAGGCCUACAUUUUCAUCAAUGCCCACUAAUUUUGCGUGGCAUCUUGGGUACUGGAAAAUUGAGACGAGCAAAAUUAACGUACCCUGUUUGAAAACAUAGGCUGUAGUGUGGGUAUCAGGAUGCUGGGGGGAGUGGUUGGAAGAAUAUGUGUGUGUGUGUGUGUGUGUGUGUGUAGCUAUGUGUGAAGAGAGUUAGUCAUUUUGUUUGGACUAGGGAUGGGAAUAGGAUCUCUGUGUGUAUGUGAGAGUGGGGCAGUUCAAAACUUCCAUCACUGGAAAAACUGGGGCAAUGUCUCUAAUGUCCCAAGUAGCAGAAUUCUGUUCCCCACCUAUGUGUCUUCUCCUCUCUAGUAAUUCCCAGCAAGUUUAGGCCUUGCUCCAGUGCUAAUCCUCCAUCCCCAGCUACUCCGUUCUGUAUCAGAGAGGGCCUUCUUUGCAAUCCUAGCCCAAAACCCCAAUUGCAAGGAAGUCAGCAGCUCAUAUCAAUGGCUUAUUAUACUAAUUCUACUACCAUCACUGUUAUUAAAAUGAUUUAUUAUAUAGCAAGUAAAAAUGGAAAACCCGGUAUUAUUACAUCUCAGUGUCCCCUCCCACGCAUGCUGAUAGACUCAUAGAAGCUUGAGGUGGAAAAGCUCUGUUAGUUUAUUAAGUCGGUCUCUUCCCUCCACCCUGGCAAAGCAGGAUUAUUCCCUACGGGACACUUCCUAGUGCUUUGUCCACUCUAGCUUUACAUGUUCCAAGCAAUGGAGCUUCCACCACUUCUCCUGGGACUCUUCCCAAGGCUAAUACAUCUUUCCAUCAGUGUACCUUUGGUUCCUUUCCAAAUUCAUCCCAUUAUUCCUAGCUACACCCCUUUGUUCCACCCUAAAUAAUUCCCCUCCUUCCUUGGUGUUUACACCAUUCAAAUAGCUAAGAGUCUAUUGUGUUCCGCUCCCCUGCAUUGCUGUAUAGCUAAGCUAUAUGUAAUUUAAUUCUUUCAAUAUCCUCUCAUAAAUCAUUCCCUGCAGGCCUUCUCUGACCUGCAUCCAAUCUGUCAAUAUCUCACGGGCACUUUGAUUCCCAGAAUUCAGUGCAAUGUUCCAGGUUCGAUCUUGCCAGUGCCUGACAUAAGAAGGACUGUCACUUCCCUGCCCCAUGAUCUGAUCUCUGCAACAGAUCGGAAAAGAUCUGUUGGGUGGUGGUGUCCACCUCUCACAGCCAGCCAAGGCAGAGGGCAGGAUGUGUCCCUACCUUUCUAUAGUAGUGCUCGCACUGUUCUCUUUGCAAGCAUGUAGAGGCUUUGUGGAGCGGCUUCUGGCAUAAAGGUGAAGCAUCUGUCACUCCUCAGUGAUGUUAUUUGCUGGUUAUAGGCCAGUCUGGGGGUCUUUUAUAGUUUCCAGAGGCUCUUCUGGACAGCUAAUCUAACAUACCUCAAGCCGCUCUCUGCCCCUUAUGCACGGCUUAAUGUCUUUUUUUGUCAGAUGUUUCUUUGGUGUAACUAUAACUGUGAUCAAAUUUGUGGAUGACACCACAAUAGGAGUAGUCAACACCAGAGGACUGAACCAGGUUGCAAAGUCAGCUGGUGAGACGAGGCUACAGGCAUCAAAGGGCGACUUGGUCCUGACCAGCCACUGGGGAGAAGACAGCAAGCAACUGCACCCAUGGCAGCAAAGCAGGUUUAGUUUAAUCUUUACUCCUCAAUAUUGUCUUAAUGCGUCUUUGUCUUCAUGGAAAUCUCAAUUGGCUGCAAGGCGGGUAUGGGAACAGGAUUGGUUAGUGGGGUGGAAUCAUGGGGAAGAUCUGUCUUAAGAAAUGGGCCCCUUUGUUUGAUAACCACUGGCACUGUAUCCAAAGUUAGAGCUGUUCCAUUGCACGAGCCCCCUGGCCUCAGGGCAGUCACCUUGGAACCCUCCCUUGUUCCUGCAACUGUUCCCCUGCAUUCCCAUCUGGUCCUGCAGCCCCAAUGGAAUGUUUCAUUAAGGUAGCUGGACCACUCCCCAGGGGCGGCUCUAUGAAUUUGGCCGCCCCAAGCAUGGCAGCACGC